AUGAAUGCCGCUUGGCUCGCCUUAUUUCCGCUUGGCGGAAUUCUCGUCGAAAUCGCAAUGGAAAUGAUUUCGAUCACAAUUCAUAAAUCCUCAAAAUUUUUACUGCACCCUACAAUGAGCGCAAACAGCCGAAAACAAUAUCGCAACUCUUUAGUUCCUAAGCUUUCUCCAUGGAGAUUUCUAUCGUCUCCGAUGCUACUCGCUGUCUUGUGUUCAGGUUUCUCGAGUACUUUGGCUUUCGCGCCUCAAUCUACGUCACCUGUACGUACCAGUCCUACUGGGUUCUACGCCGACUGGGAGAACACAAUAUGCAAACGCGGAAGGACGUUCCGUUUGCAGUAUCGCGACGGUGAUACCGGUGGAGUCGGUUCAACACAGCAGCUUAAAAACUCAAAGACAGAUGUAGCAUUUCAGCAGCACACGUCUCGUUGGUGGAAAGCCUUUCUGCCUUCGAGUCCUCCAACGGUCGAUCAAACAUCAGAAAAAGUGGAUGAGUACCUCGAGUUUCUUGACCGACGUUACCAUCAGAUCCACGACGAGGAGAUCACCCCCACCCCAGCUCCCAAGUUCUCGGCUUUAAAGUGGCUCCAAGGUGGUCAAGAGGAUAUCGGAAACAUCAGUGAUCAACAGCAUGAUAACGCUCUCUACGUUUUGGGUGUUGCUGGGUUGGCGAGUCAGCGGUUACUUCAAAAGCAUGCAGCUGGAUACGAAGCGGAGCGUCAAGAAGUGCCUACACCUAGUGCUGCUUGCACAGAACGGGCCAUUGAUGCUGUUCUUGAGAGCCGCUUAGCUCUGAAUUGGGAGUUGAGCGCUCUGUUUGCUCCGCUCACUGCGGUUUUGCGUCUUGUUUCAAUCCAACGGAACGUACUAGCCAGGCAACAGACUCUUCGUAUUCGUACUGUUACAGCAUUCUUGACGAAGAAUGUGACAGCCGGCGCAACAAAGGUUGCGAGGGCUGCUUGGAGUUUGGGUGGUGGCAAGAAAAAUGUCGCCUGGACGAUGGCCGUCAUGGCGGCUUUUAUUUUGUUGCUACUUCGACCUAUCGUGGAAAGCGCUAUCGGUGCAAGCGCCGCGUAGAUUGCACAAAAUGCGCGUUGCCAUUGUUUCCUGCUUAACUACCUGUAUGCCUGUUUUUCCAGUUGACGAGGCAAACGAUAUAUGUCCUUCCGAUGACGGAAGGCGAUCGGAUCCCUUCUUGCUAUUACACCACACGCCGAUUUUACUAAUUUACAACUAUAGACCAUUACAAAUUUGUG